GAUGCUGGUCAACACUAACGCCACGUGCGAUUUCGGAUGUAGAAUGGACUGUACCCAAGGAUUUCCCUGCAAACUAAAAUGUGACAUGGUUUGUGGCAGACGACGAAGAUCCCUGGACCUGGGAGCAGGCAGUUUCCACUUCCAGCGUGAUUUCAGUGUGUACGACGUCAAUAACAACAACUUCAUCAGUCUGGAGGAGCUGGCCGAGCUGGUACACAGUCAGCCGUCCAAUGAGGGUGUGAGGAAGGCACUUUUUGUCGCAGACACUAAUGGUGACAUGUUGAUCAGUAGAGAAGAGUUUCAGAAAGCUCCGUGGGACUUUGAAUAGGAUGCUGAUGUCUUCACACUGCAGAACAGCCCCCAGUAAAAUUACAAACGUGCAGCCAUACCUCACCAAGCCAUACCUCACCAACGGUUGUUUCUAGUCAUUAUCCAUAUGGUUAUAAAUGCGUAAAAAGUAAUCUACUUUGAUAAUAAAUACCGACUACUGUAAUUUUAUUAUUUUCUUAUCAAAGCUAUGUCAAACAAUCGAAACCACAAAAGUGGUGUUUCGGUCAUCAUUCAUUUAUUAA